GGGAGAGCGGAUGGAGCCGGUGGUGCUGGAGCGGUUUCUCAGCCCUGGCAAGGGCAGCGGCCUCCGCGCCCGGCGGCGGGUGCGCCCCGGAGAGCUGCUCUACCGCGCCGAGCCCUUCGCCUACGUCGUCACUAAAGAGCAGCUGGGCAGCGUGUGCGAGCAUUGCCUCCGCAGGAAUGAACAUCUGCACAGAUGCUCUCAGUGCAAAGUUGCUAAAUACUGCGGUAAAUCUUGUCAGAAAGAAGCUUGGCUGGACCACAAGCAGGAAUGCAGGUGUCUUAAGAGCAGUGAGCCUAAUUUUCCUCCAGACUCUGUCAGACUUGCUGGAAGGAUUGUUUUUAAACUACUUAGGCAAUCAGUAUGCCAUUCUGAAAGACUCUACUCUUUUUCCGAUCUUCAGUCAAAUAUUGAACAGCUAAGUGAAGAAAUGAAGGAUGGCCUCAGGCACCUUGCACAUACCUUGCAACUGUAUUUGAAAGCAGAGAUCCAGGAUGCAUCUCACUUGCCACCUGCAAUUGACUUUUUUCAGAUCUUCACAAAAGUGACCUGUAACUGUUUCACCAUCAGUAAUGGGGAGAUGCAGGAUGUUGGUGUUGGCCUGUAUCCCAGCAUGUCUUUACUGAACCACAGCUGUGACCCAAACUGCGUGAUCGUUUUUGAAGGAUACCAGCUUUUACUUCGUUCUGUCCAGGAGAUCCAGAUUGGUGAAGAGCUCACCAUCAGUUAUAUUGAAUCGCUGAUGCCCACCCGUGAACGCCAAAAGCAACUGAUGCGCCAGUAUUGCUUUGAAUGUGACUGUCUUUUCUGCCAGAAUCAAGAAAAGGAUGCUGAGAAAUUGGCUGGUGAAGAACAUGCAUGGAAAGAAGUCAAAGAUGCUGUAAAUGAAGUGAGAUAUCCAAAAUCAAAAGAAGAGUGGGAACAGGUUCUGGCAAGAUUCCAGAAGCUCUUGAGCAGUAAUACAGGUUGUCUUCCAGACACAAAUAUCUAUCAGCUGAAAAUGCUUGAUUGUGCCAUGGAUGCUUGUAUUAACCUUGAGUCCUGGGAAGAAGCUUUGUCUUACGGCAGCAGGACUCUGGGACCAUACAGUCUGUAUUAUCCCGGUUUCCAUCCGCUGAGGGCUGUCCAGCUGAUGAGAGUGGGCAAACUGCAGUACAGUCAAGACAUGCUUCCUCAAGCGCUGGAGACUUUGAAGCAGGCCUAUAAUAUUAUGAAGGUGACCCAUGGGACAGAUCACAGCCUGAUGCAAGCCUUGAUGGAGAUAAAGGAACAGUGUGAGGCCAUCAUGAGAAUACAGUGAAGAUAGCAUCUAGUCUGGAAAACAAAAUAUUCAAGGACAAAGGAAAUCAAAUGCUUUUUAUUGCAUUCGGAAGCUUCUUGAUGAUUUUGCCUUUUUUCAUGAUGUCCUACUUGCUUUACAAAAAUGUUUAGUAUUUGUUAGUUUUGCUGUGCGAUUGAUGUUUGGAGGAAUAUCAGGAAUUUUCAGAGGAUUUUUUUUCCUACUAAACAAUCUAGUUGACAAUACCUAAUUAUCAAUUUACAACAGCUAAUUUAAUUGACAAUAAAUAUUGGGGAAUGCAUAGAGUCAUCAUCAGAGUUAUGAAGUAAUGCAAUUCCAUUGACAUCAGCAGUCACUUUUUUAUACCAGUUUAUGCCUGCAAUAAAGGAUCUCAUGUCAGACACAUUAUAAGCAGAGAGAAUAUUUUUUUCUCUUUCCCUUGCCUUUCAGUUUGGUUUCCAAAAGCCUGAA